AUGAAGGAAUGCUCAGAUGUCAUCCUGUGUGUGGAGGCGACAGAACUGAGCAAGACUGAGUUCUGCAAUCCUGCUUUUGAGCCUGAAUUGGGGCCACCUUGCCCUCCAGCAGCCUUCCGGGAGGAUGCCAGCCACAGCAUCCCAGCUCCCCGGCAUGGCCGGCGCUCCCGAGGGCUGCAGCCGGACUGCCACUUCUCCUGGCUGUGCGUCCUCCUGCUGGCCGGCCUGCUGCUCCUGCUGCUUGGGCUCCUGGUGGCCGUCAUUCUGGCUCAGUUGCGGGCUACACCCCUGUCUGGGGACUCUUAUCCGCCACUGCCUGCCCAAGGCCUGACCCCCAGUGGGACCAGCCCCCCAGCCCCCACCAGCCUUUCCACCACCACCACGUCUCCGGCAUCUGGGAAUCCCAAAGGACAGCCGGAGGAGGCAGGCCUGAGCCCCUUACCCCAGCCCACCUGUGGGGGCCUCCUUCCUGGCCCAAGGGGCUUCUUCAGCAGCCCCAAUUACCCAGACCCUUACCCACCCAACGCCCACUGCGUGUGGCAUAUCCAGGUGGCAGCAGACCGCGCGAUACAGCUCAAGAUUGAGUCGCUCAGCAUGGAGAGUGUGGUCUCCUGUCUUUUCGAUCGCUUGGAAAUCUCCCCUGAGCCUGAAGGCCCCCUCCUCAGAGUGUGUGGGAGGGUGCCUCCCCCCACACUCAACACCAACGCCAGCCGCCUGCGGGUGGCCUUCGUCUCCGACAGCAGCGUGGAAGGAUUUGGCUUCCAUGCCUGGUACCAGGCUGUGGCUCCCGGCACCGGGAGCUGUGCUCCUGAUGAGUUCCCCUGUGACCAGCUCCUCUGCCUGCUGCCUGACUCAGUGUGCGACGGUUUUGCCAACUGUGCUGAUGGCAGCGAUGAGACCAACUGCAGUGCCAAGUUCUUGGGGUGCGGGGGGAAUCUGACUGGGCUCCAGGGCACUUUCUCGGCCCCGGGGGACCUGCAGAGCUACCCUCACCAGCAGCUCUGCACCUGGCACAUCUCAGUGCCCGCAGGACAUGGCCUAGAGCUGCGCUUCCACAACUUUAGCCUGCAAGCCCAGGAAGAGUGCAAGCUGGAUUAUGUGGCCGUGUAUGAGGCCAGUGACGCGGGGACCCUUGGCCUCCUAGGCAGGUUCUGCGGAGCAGAGCCUCCGCCUCGCCUCAUCUCCUUGCACCAGCAGCUGGUGGUGCUCUUCAGGACAGACCGCGGCAUCAGCACUGGGGGCUUCUCUGCCACCUACCGGGCCCUCAACACCACAGAGAAUCCCUGUGGCGCCAGCGAGUUCUCCUGCCGCGACGGAGAGUGUAAGAGUCUGCAGUGGACGUGUGACACAUGGAGACGCUGCCCAGACAGUGGUGAUGACAGCUGCAGCAGCCCCUUGUUCCCACCCCCAGAGCUGGCUUGUGAGCCUGUCCAGGUGGAGAUGUGCACUGGCCUGAGCUACAACACCACAGCCUUCCCGAACAUCUGGGUGGGCAUGGCCACCCAGGAAGAGGUGGUGGAGAUCCUCAGAGGUUAUAAGAGCCUGACAAGUCUGCCCUGCUACCAGAGUUUCCGGAGGCUUCUCUGCGGACUGCUUGUGCCCCACUGCACUCCCAUAGGCAGUGUCCUUCCCCCCUGCCGCUCUGUCUGCCAGGAGGCUGAGCGUCAGUGCCAGUCUGGCCUGGCUCUACUGGGUACCCCCUGGCCUUUCAACUGCAACAGGCUGCCCGAGGCAGCUGGCCUGGAGGCCUGUGCCCAGCCCUGACCCCAGGCUGGGCCCCUGCCCCUCUGCCCACCUGUCCACCUCUGCUGAUCAGGCGGGGCAGGCAUGGGACAAAGGAAGGAGGACCAGCCUUGGACUCUGGCCAACCUCUCUGGAGCCUCCCAGGGGGAGGAAGAGGAGUAGUUGGCAGGGCUAAUGGAAGCUUCUCUGUCCUGUUCCUUGCCCCCAGCUCCACACGGUGCCAUUAACUGUGAGGACCGCCUCACACCCAAACCUCAGACCCCUAUUUCCAAUCUCCCGCCUUCCCCUCUCCGGAGACGUACUUUUUCAGGUUCUCCACCAGCUGCUUUCUGACUCGUUCAGUUAUUCAAUGAAAAGCAUUGAGGGCCUAGUAAUGCGGCAGGCCCUGUUCUGAGUCCUGGGGAUCCAGCUGUCGGUCUGCCUCUAGAACUCUCCCCCCUCUAUUCUCAGCUUCUGUUCCCCACCACCACCACCACCACAAGUCUUGGCCUUGGUCUCUUGUCACCGCACCAUCUCUCCUUCCGGCCUGCCUUGGAGCAGUGGGUGCCCGGAAUGUCUGUCGGAGUGUCUGUCCUGCACAGCCCUGCCUCCCUGUGCCCAGCUAAGACUCCCUCCGCCUCCU